AGUCAUUGUAAUGGAACUGGUUAUUUGCCAUGUGAUUAUUAUCAGACACUCAAGCUCAACUUAAUCCUUCUCUGGUCUUUAAUUUUAAGUUUAGGAAUUAUCACUCAAAUUAUUAAGUCAAGUUCACAUAUUAUUGGUUUGAUGGUGGUCGUGCAUUUAUUCUUUUUUCUUUGUGUUAACUAGGUAUUCAUGGUCCAAGGAAUUCACUUUGUAUCUGCAUCCAUAGGAAAUUUCAUUGCACAGGCUAAUUCUGACUGUCUGGAAUUUUUAUCUCCCUCAAUAUAAAUCAUAUCGAAUGAUCAGUAUGUGUAAGAAAGGUUUACGUUUGGGCCUGAUACAAUUGAGUGUCGGUGCUAACAAAGCUCAUAAUGUUCAGAAUGCCCUUAAGUUUGUGAAGAAAGCAAAGGAGGGUGGCUCUAACAUCAUAGUCCUCCCAGAAUGUUUCAAUGCUCCAUAUGGAACAAAAUAUUUCCCUGAGUAUGCAGAAAGCAUUCCAGAUGGUGAGACAAGCAGGGCUUUAUCUGCAGCUGCAAAGGAGGUUAAGGCAUAUAUUGUUGGUGGCUCUAUCCCAGAGAGAGAUGGCUCCAAAUUGUAUAAUACUUCAACUGUUUGGUCCCCAGACGGGCAAUUAGUCGCAAAACACAGAAAGAUGCACUUAUUUGAUAUAGACAUCCCAGGAGGAAUAACAUUCAAAGAAUCAGAGGUAUUAUCGCCUGGGAAUACACCUUGCAUUUUUGAUACGGAAUACUGUAAAAUAGGAAUCGGCAUAUGCUAUGAUAUUCGCUUUUUUGAAUUAGCUGCUCUGUACCGUAAAGCAGGUUGCGAUAUUUUAAUCUAUCCUGGAGCAUUUAACAUGACAACUGGGCCACUGCAUUGGGACCUGCUUGCACGAGCAAGGGCAGUUGAUAAUCAAGUGUUUGUGGCGGCAGUGUCUCCUGCACGAGAUGAGAAAGCUGAUUACAUUGCAUAUGGCCAUACAUGUGCUGUUGAUCCUUGGGGUAAAACUCUUGCUCAAGCUGGGGCUGAAGAGGAAUUGCUCUUUGCUGACAUUGACUUUGAAACUAUGAAAAAUAUACGGCAGCAAAUCCCAGUCAGCCAUCAGAAGCGCAACGAUGUAUAUGAUUUAGUCGUGAAAAGCAACUUAUAAUAAUUUUCAUUCCAUCGUUAUCAAGAAUUUUAUGCUUUUAAGCAUGAUGCAAGAUUCCUCACUGUGUGCUUGAGUUCUUUUCCUACAUUUAAGAAUAAUGUUGUUGCCUUCCAGGACUAUGAUACAUAAGAACUUAAGUUCUUCCUUCCUUAUUAUUUUUAUACGAAUAAAGAUUUUUAUGGUUGUUAUUA